AAAAAAAGAAGUGAAGAUACAAAAAAAAAAUAAUAAUAAAUAAAUAAAACGUGUGACUCAAUUAAUUAAUUCAAAAAAAAAAAGGCAAAAAAAAAAUCGAGAACCAUGUCGGAGCACCAUCGAGGUGCCUGGGAUACGCGUAACGACGCCGUUUGGUGGCCCGGCGCAAUGACAACGACAGACCAGCAAUUGCAGCAUCACCAACAGCUGCUGCACCAGCAACAAAUGGCCGCACAUCAGCAGGUUCUGCAGCAGCAACAACAAUCGCUCCAUAACCAGUCAAAUUUACUCAGCAGUCACAACGAUUGGUCCCGCAAUAGUAAUAGUACAACGUCAAAUUCCACCGUACCCGCAGCUUCCCAACAGAUAUUCUCGUAUAAAAAUAUGGCAAGUAGUUUUCCCGGUCAGGCAUCUUCCAAUGUCUCGAGCAGUAAUGUCGGUGCAUACGAUUAUCGAUUAGGCAUGAAUAUGAUUUCGCGACCGGGCGAUCCGCAGCAUACGUCGUGGUACACAUCGCAAAACGACAAUUCGCACCAUCAUCAAUCACAGCAGCAGCAGCAGCAACAACAGCAGCAGCAACAACAACAACAGCAGCAGCAAAAUAAUCAACAUCAUCAACAACAACAACAAUCGCAUCAUACGCCUCCGCCACAACAAAAUCAACACAUGCAACACCAACAACAACAAAGCAAUUCACAACCCAAUAACCAGCCAAUGCAGCAGGCUCCGCAGGCACCUGCGAAAAAGGGCAAGCAUGCCGAUGGCAAACCACGAGGCCGCAUGACAGCUUAUGCAUUUUUUGUACAAACGUGUAGAGAGGAACACAAGAAGAAGCAUCCCGACGAGCAAGUUAUUUUCGCGGAAUUUUCCAAAAAAUGUGCCGAACGAUGGAAGACAAUGCUCGAUAAGGAGAAGAAGCGCUUCCACGAGAUGGCGGAGAAGGACAAGCAACGCUAUGACACGGAAAUGCAAAGUUAUAUCCCACCAAAAGGCACGGUCGUUGGACGGGGGAAGAAAAGGAAACACAUUAAGGAUCCUAAUGCCCCCAAGAGAUCACUAUCUGCAUUCUUCUGGUUCUGCCACGACGAACGAGCAAAAGUAAAGGCUGUCAACCCAGACUACGGCGUUGGCGAUAUUGCCAAAGAGCUCGGCAAAAAGUGGGCAGAUUGUGAUGCGGAAGCCAAGUCAAAGUAUGAAGUGAUGGCUGAUCGUGACAAGAAACGCUACGAGCAAGAAAUGACCCAAUACAAGUUAGAUUGCAAGAACGCCCAAGCCCAAGGCAUUUCGGUGCAACAAUUGCAGGCGAAUCAAGCUAAUCAUGGCGGCAUGGAUGGCGAUGAUGACGACGAAGACGACAUGGAUUAAACAGCAAAAAAUAAGAAAUUCGCCCUGAUUUAUUUUAAUAUAUUUGUAUAAGUUGUAGGCAGCUAUAGUAAUGAUAAAGAAAAUGCACAUUUUUGCAUUGAUUUUGCGACAAAAUUUAAUUUGAAGUCAGAUUGAAAUUUAAAUUGAGAUUAUAAAAGAAAAAAAUAUAUCAUAAGCUCCAGUGAACAUGAAAAAAAAAAUUAAGGAAAGAUAUGAUAGAGCAGUGAUCAAUACUUUAUAUUAUAAUAUUAUUAUUAUUACUAAAUAUUAUCUUGCAUUUUUUUCAAAAAAAAAAGGAUUUAAUUUUCAACUUUCUUUAAAAUUAAAAAAAUCCAUGUAAAAUGCUAGAAAUAUAAAUUAAUAAGAUUUAAGCUUGAAAC